ACACAGGAGCCGAGGAAGCGCCAUGGCAGUGUUUCUGGAGGCCAAGAACGCCCACUCGGUGUUGAGGCGGUUCCCUCGUGCCAAUGAGUUCUUGGAGGAGCUGCGCCAGGGCACCAUCGAGCGCGAGUGUAUGGAGGAGGUGUGCAGCUAUGAAGAGGUCAAGGAGGUGUUCGAAGACAAGGAGCAAACGAUGGAGUUCUGGAAGGGGUAUCCGAAUGCGGUCUACUCGGUUCGAGACCCUGCACAGAGCUCAGACGCCAUGUAUGUGGUGGUGCCCCUGCUGGGGGUAGCCUUGCUGAUCGUCAUCGCCUUGUUCAUCAUCUGGAGGUGCCAGCUGCAGAAAGCAACCCGCCAUCACCCGUCCUACGCGCAGAGCCGGUACCUAGCCAGUCGUACUGGGCACAGCCUGCCGCGGGUCAUGGUCUACCGAGGUGCGGUGCACAGCCAGGGGGAGUCCUCUGGGCAUCGGGAGGCUGCGAGCAAUGCGCAGGUGGUGCUGGGGCCCAGCCGGGGGGGCAGAACCACCACGGUCCGCCUGGAGAGCACCCUGUAUCUCCCCGAGCUCUCUCUGUCUAGAUUGUCCAGUGCCACCCCGCCUCCGUCCUAUGAGGAGGUGACUGCCCCCCAGGAGAGCAGCAGUGAGGAGGCCAGUGUCUCUUACAGCGACCCACCCCCAAAGUAUGAGGAGAUAGUGGCCGCCAACCUGGACGCAGACAAGUAGCCUCGCGUCCAUGUGGUGUGAAAGCCUCUUUCAGGGGCCUCCCGUUUUCUUUUCCACUUUCCACAGACUGUGCCACCACAAAACAGCCUUAGCCUCUUGUUGCCAAAUACUUUCCCAACUGUGGACUUGAAGGAAGUCAGUGCUCAGACACAGGUGGAGACCCGUGCGUCCAAGCCCCCGCAGGAGACACAGGCCAGAGGGGCCAGCUCUGCCUGAGCCCCCAGGCCCCUCUGUUCUAUGCCACCGGGGCUGGCUUCUCUGUGCCAAAAGAAGCGCCCACAGAGCUCUCGCGGCCAGGUUGGCCAGCGCCCUGGCCGCGGCGCUGCGGCUGUUUGCGUGUGGAA